UAUAUAAACAGCACCCCUGCCUCCUCCAUUCUAAAAUCUCAGCGCUCCUGUACUCAUCUUAUUCUACCAACCAUGCCUUCUUCUGCUCCCAUGGUCGAAAUCAUCUCCAAACACACAGUAAAACCUCCAACAAACUCCUCCCACCCCCCUCUCUGCCACCUAACUCCAUGGGACGUCGCCAUGCUCUGCCCUCAUUACAUCCAAAAAGGUCUCCUCUUCACCAAUCUCCCCCCUUCCCUUCCCAUCCACCACCUCCUCACCACCCUCAAAGCUUCCCUCUCCAUCACCCUCCAACACUUUUACCCACUCGCCGGCCGACUCGCCACCCCAAACCACCUUACGGGCGGUGAUAUCUUCAUCGCCUGCUGCUUCAACCACGUCGUCGGCGACGGAACUUCAUACUGGAAUUUCUUUAAUGCUUGGGCCGAGAUAACCAGAACCAAUUCCUUAUCUCUCCCUCCGGUUCACGCCAGAUGGUUCAUCGACGGCGAAAACCCGCCGGUGAAGCUCCCCUUCUCCGACUCCUCCCCAUUCGUCGAACGCUUUUCGCCGCCCGCUCUUCGCCAGAGAUUCUUUCAUUUCUCAGCCGAAUCAAUUGCGAAGCUGAAAAAGAAAGCGAAUGAGGAGAUAAGAACAGAGGAGAAUGAUCGGAAGCAGAGUCAGAUAGUGAUAUCAUCUUUCCAAGCUCUGUGCGCCAUGAUAUGGAGGGCGAUUAGCAGAGCUCGUAGAUUUCCGGCGGAGCAACUGACGACGUGCCGUUUAGCAAUACAAAACAGAGGAAGACUCCGGCCGCCGCAAUCGCCGGAAUACUUUGGAAACUCGAUAUACGCGGUAGAGGCGACGGCGGCGGCGGGGGAGUUGGAGGCGAAUGGGUUGGGAUGGGCGGCGAGGGAAUUGAACGGAGCGGUGAAUGGACAUACGGACGAAGCGAUUCGUGGAAAGCUGAGAGAGUACCACGCUGCGCCGAUGGUGUACAAGAUGACGAUGUUUGAUCCGAAGAGCGUGAUGGUCGGAAGUUCGCCGAGGUUUGAUAUGUACGGCUGUGAUUUUGGGUGGGGAAAGGGGGCGGCGGUAAGGUGCGGUCCGGCUAACAAGUUCGACGGAAAGGUGUCGGCUUUUCCGGGUAGGGAAGGAGAUGGGAGCGUUGACUUGGAGAUUUGCCUCCUUCCUCAGUUCAUGGCGGAUUUUCUGCUUGAUCCGGAGUUCCUGGAAGCCGUUUCACCACCACCGCAGUCAUUGACAAAGGGAUUAAAAUGAGUUUAAUAUAUUUAUUUAAGGAUUUUUGAAUUUCAUUUUAUUUAAUUUCUUUUUUCUUAAGGAUAUUGAGAGAUGGAUAAAUGCGGUU